AUGAUUGCGCGCACCUCUACCCUGCAAGCCAUACAGCUUAACGAGAAGACUCCAUUUUGGAACUUCGGGUCGAGAAGUGUCCCCUCCGAAAUUCUGCACCAUCGUUAUCCAGGUUCAGGGUCUGAAGAUGACCCAUAUGCUGUCUCCUGGCUGCCUAUCGACCCUCAAAAUCCCAUGCAAUUCACCCUAAUAAAGAAAGUCACAAUCACCUUUGUGACAGCUUUUGCGUGCUUCAUAGUGUCCCUUUCAUCUUCAGCGUAUGCGGGUAGUACACAUGGAAUCAUGGUCGAAUUCGGUAUCAGCAAAGAAUUGGCUACCGCCGGUCUUUCACUAUUCGUCUUUGGAUUUUCUGUUGGGCCCCUUAUAUGGGCCCCUUUAAGUGAAAGCAUCGGCAGGCAAAGCCCGUUCCUGAUAUCCUUGUUGGGCCUCGCUGCCUUCUCCGGGGGCUGCGCUGGUGCCCAGAACAUCCAAAUGCUCUUGGUCAUGCGAUUUUUCGGUGGCUCCUUUGGCUCCUCGCCUUUGACAAAUGCGAGUGGCGUGAUUUCGGAUAUGUUUACGGCAAGGCAACGUGGCCUGGCAUUGUUGUCAUUUGCAUCAACUCCCUACCUAGGUCCCUGUCUUGGGCCAAUUAUUGGCGGCUUCUUGGAAAUGAAAGCAGGAUGGAGAUGGGUUGAGGGUUUCCUGUCAGCUAUCGCAGCACUGGCAUGGGUUCUUAUGCUUUUCUUUGUCCCUGAGACGUAUGCACCAGUCAUCCUGCGCAGACGUGCGAAAAAGCUAUCUUGUCUCACAGGGAAAUGCCAUGAAAGCAAACUCGACCUCCAGAUAGGGAAGAGCGCCACUAUAACGAAGAGAUUGAAGACGGUGGGCUUACGCCCAUGGAUGCUACUUCUCAGGGAGCCAAUUGUCCUAUUCCUUACGAUAUACGCUGCUCUUAUCUAUGGAACGCUAUAUAUGCUCUUCGAAGCACUCCCGAUAGUCUAUGAAGACUACAGAGGCUGGAAUAAAGGCGUUGGAAGUUUGCCCUUCAUCGGAGUCAUGAUAGGGGUGUUUUGCGGGGUUAUCUACAGCCUAUAUGAUAAUCAGCGAUACACCAAAAUGCAACACCAAUGCACCAACGGCGACUCUCCGGCUCCCGAAGCUCGGCUCCCACCUUGUAUGGCAGCAUCCCUAACAAUUCCUGCUGGACUUUUCUGGUUCGCAUGGACGAAUUCCCCAUCCGUCCAUUGGCUGGUCAGCGUUGCGUCCUUGAUUUCAUUUGGAUUCGGACUACUUCUCGUCUACAUGGGCAUUGUGAGCUAUCUCAUUGAUACGUACACCAUCUAUUCAGCCUCCGUCAUGGCCGGUAUGAGUGUCUUUCGAUUUGUGUUUGGCGCAGCGUUUCCUCUCUUCUCAAAUGCUAUGUAUGAACGGCUGGGUAUCCAUUGGGCUUCGUGCAUUCCGGCCUUCUUGUCUGUUUUAUGUAUGCCACUUCCAUUUCUGAUCUACAAAUACGGGCCUGAGAUAAGGAAACGAUGCAAGUACGCAGCACUGGCAGAGAAACAUCUACGUACUGUACGGGAAAUUGUGGUGGUGACUGAGCACGCUAACUAG